AUGGGCGUCUUCUUACGGAAGAGUGCGCUUCCAGGCCUCAAGAACUACAAGUAUUCAUCUGUAGAUCACUCGCUGGUGUCUCGGUAUAUUUUGAAACCUUUCUGGACGAACUUUGUCAAGAUCUUCCCGCUAUGGCUGGCACCCAAUCUUGUCACCCUUAUUGGAUUUAGCUUCAUUGUCAUUAACUUUAUCACCAUGCUUUGGGUGAACCCAGGUCUUGAUACUGUUAGCAGUCCUUGGGUUUAUGUUUCCUAUGGUAUUGGCCUUUUUCUUUACCAGACUUUUGAUGCUGUUGAUGGCCAGCAAGCCCGCCGAACCGGUCAAAGCAGCCCCUUGGGCGAAUUGUUCGAUCAUUGUGUUGAUGCAAUUAACACCACUCUUGGAACUCUCAUCUUUGCUUCAGCCGUCAACAUGGGCUACGGCUGGCCACUCUUUAUUUCUCAAUUUGCUACUCUCUCCAACUUCUAUCUCAGCACGUGGGAGGAAUAUCACACAGGCAUGCUUUACCUCUCUGCAUUUUCAGGCCCUGUUGAAGGCAUUCUCAUCAUUGUUGGUCUUGAUUUUUUUAUUGCAUUUCAAGGCGGCCCUGAACUUUUCCAUAGUAAUGUUAUUGAACUUUUUGGGCAACAGGCGACCGAGUUUUUGGAUCUUACUUUUGGCGAGGACUCUCCCGCUACAACAUUUAUCUCGAAACUUAAUGUGAUUGAUAUUUAUAUGGGAGUUGCUGCUGUUGCAUUGCUUUUUAACAUUCUAUCGGCAACAGGAAACGUUUUGGUUUCAUGCAAAAAGUCAGGCAAACCUCUCGGGUCCGCUCUUGGAGGCACUGUUCCUUACUUAGCUUUUUACGCUACUCUGGCUGCAUGGGCCGCUAUGGCACCAAUUGUCAUUCAAACUUAUCUUUUGCUGCCUUUUUCAAUUUCCACAGGUGCCAUUGUCGCACUCAGCGUUGGUCGCAUUAUUACUGCUCACGUCACUUCAUCUCCUUUCCCCACAGUUUCUGCACCCAUGUUUGUCCCGGCCAUUGCCAUUGUUGUCAACUUGCUGGCAAGCAACAAUAUUCUAUUUGACCAUUGGAACCUUGAUAUUACUAAUGCAGCACUUGUUUGGUUAUCCCUUGGCGCAUCAAUUGCUACCUACGGGUUUUUUGUUGCGGAGCUUAUUAUUGAAAUCACAACUUACUUGGACAUUGGGUGUCUCUACAUUAAAUAUCCCAAGGUUACCCCAGAAAGCAAAACCAAAUAG